UAAGGAUACGAGCCAUCAAAACUCUCCUGCAGCCACAGAAGGAGGACUCUGAGAAUAUCUUUACGUCACAGGCUGGACCCAGAUCCCACAGGCGUUACCUCACAGAUUCUCCAGCUGUUGACUCUUGCUUAAGACUCUUCUUUUGUACCUGGCUGUGUGCUCCUGCCUGUGUGGCUGUGCUGAGCCAUGAAGAUCCCUCUAUGGUACCUGCUGGUGCUGCUGGCAUGUCUCUUCACCCCUGGACGCAGUGACUGCCAGGGGGACUGCGUGGCCUGCGGUCUGCUCCUGCAGCAGCAGCAGCUGCAGCAAGCCUUCAACACCAUGGUGUGUCUGUUAGAGUGUGGGGGCCAUGUCUCCUCUUCACUCACAUGGGAGGUGUGUAAACGUGCUGUCAAGCUAUCGCACCAUCCUACACUUUCUGAAGGAGACACUCUGUUCAAGAGAACAGGAGAGGAGCUGGAGCUGACCUCUCUUGACCUGAACUCUGACAGUGAACUGCUGCAGUCUGCAGCUGCAGAGCGCUUCCAGGAGGGGGAGCAGGAUGAGACACCCUUUGAACAGCGCAGUGUCCAGUAUGACUCAUCACUGCUGGAUUCCUCCGUGGAGGGGGAGGGCCUGCGGGGUCUGGAUCUUAGUCUGACGGAGGAAGAGAGGAUGCCGAGGGAGGAGAGGAAUGUGGAGAGUGACAGCCAGCUAGAAGGGGACGAGGACGACGCCUCAGAGGCCAUUACCUUGUCCAAACGCUUUGGUGGCUUUCAGAGGGGGCGCCACGGAUACAGGAAGCUGAUUGGCUCACCCAUGAGGCCCCUACAAAAGCGAUACGGCGGGUUCAUAGGGGUCCGGAAAUCUGCCCGCAAAUGGAACAGUCAGAAACGGGUGAACCAGCUGCUCAGGCAGUACCUGGGCAUGAGGAGCAGCCGCAGCGGCAGGUUCAACAACAUCCCCGUAACUCGGGUUUGGAGGCAAAACAAACUGUAAUGUAUUUCUGUUGCUCUCACAGAGUCCUGCCCCGGUUACCUCAACCAAUCAUAUUUUCAGCAGCUCACUCCAAUUUGAAGUGUGAUGUCACCAUCGUCAUCAGAAGAACAGACUCCGCCAUCUCGCUGCACCUCUCUUUGUGUCUUUUAGUAACAAGGAAUGUUUGACCAUAAUGUCCCUCUUAUUAAGCAUAUUUUCAUGCCAUUCUGUGAAAUAAAAGAAUUAGAGAAGUGCAAUUGAAUAUAUUUUUGUGUGUCGGUAUAAUAAAAGGUGGCAAAUGAGAUUGUAAAAGAGGUUCACUCACUGCAAGCUUUUCACCAGAGGUGAGACCUGAGGGUGUGACGUUUAGAAUCAUGUUGAAUGCACUUUCAUGCCUGUGUGAAUGGGACUGAAGUCACAGCUUCAGUGUUUUCUUUUUGCACUCUGUAGUUUAUAUUGUGAGAGCUGGUACUAAUGUCCAGUUCUCAUGUAAUGGAUCUAUUGGUCACUGCGUAGGUUUCCCCUUUUUGAAAUGGCAUAGAAUCAAACACAAAUAAUAUAAUUAUAAUCAAGAAUUCAAUUGGUGUAGACCUGCUAUGUGCUUUCAGUCAGAUGGUCGGAUAGUGAGAGCUCUGAAGCAUAAAGUGUUAAUUACUGAUAUAAGAAUCUAAUUUUCUGCUUAAGGUACUUAAUUAAUUAAACACAAUGGAAGUAAAAUUGGUUUUCUUAACUUUCAAACUCUCCGCAAAAAAGUCCCCAUUGCUUCAUUCUGAAUAUCAACAAAAAAUGCCUUUUUCCUUUCUAUUGUAUUCAAAUUUUGGUUAGUGGUUUAUCAAUGUAAACCUUGCAGGUGAUGAGUUUCUCUUAUGAGCAGCAGGUUGGCUGGCUGGCAGGCUCCCUCGGGCUUCUUCCAGUGGAACAACACUGUCCUCUAGUGUUUGAAGAACAAACAUGAUGCCCUUUGAUACUCGCUUGGGAUCAGUAUGUCCAUGCCCUCAGUUAUGUUUCAUGAAAUUCUUUGGAUUUUUCUGCAGUUACAGUAAAAUUAGAAAUGAUUGUGUCAUGUCAAAUAUACAAAUACUCUUAAUUUAUUAUUUAAUGUCAUUUGCCAAACUAAAAUAUCACAACAGUCCUAAGAGAAAACUAGUGUCUGUUAUCCCUCAUUCUCACAGUAUUAGUAAUAUCUGUAUGACUGUUCAUAAUUCAUCAUAUCUGACAACCAUCUAAAGGACUAUAUGAAAAUUAUUUGUGUGGGGAGGAGGGCUGAACCUUAUAUGUCAGCAUAAAGAAGCAAAGCCAAAGCCUUUCUUUGGACACAACCAUUGGCAUAGGAAAAAACUGCACCCCUGUCCCUCCAAUAUCUAAAAAACAAAAAACAAACUUAAUGACAACAAUUCAUUUUACUAUUAUAAGUUUUAAAAAAAAAACAGGGAUUUACAAACUUUUACAGGCCAAAGCCCCUCAAAAAGCUUUAGCUUAACCCGUUAUCGGGCAAGGAACCAUAUUUGGUAACUGACCCUGUCAGCUUAUGAUGUGAUGAAUGAUGUUUUGAUUGUAAGGUAAUUAGAAAGUUGGGCAUGGUAAUUAUAAAUUAUUUAAUAACAAGU